GGUAACAGUCACCCCGCUAUAGUUCCAGGGGCACCCAGGGCACAAAUAAGCCCUCACAUAGUCCCUUCCUGUUUCGUGUUGUUCCUUCUCUGAAUACUCUUCCCUGGUUGCCUAGUAACCGUAUUAGGGCUGGGCAGCUCACUCUGUAAACUCUUUGUCCCUCUGGUAUUUUGUCCUCCCCAUAGCUUUCCCUUCAGCUAUAACAGAACUUUCCUGUCACAGCCAACUGGUCUCUUUUAACCCCUGACUGGAACGUGUGACGGUCACCUCUGCCUGGGACCUGCACUCAUCACUAUGUCUCAUUCUCUGAGCAUCCAGGCACAGAACUCUGCUUCAAGCAAUGGGAUUCUAACGAGAGACCAGCUAUCAGCUGCCGCCCUUGGGAAUGACGACUGGCUGCAAGUCAGCCUAAAAGCAGCAAAUUCGGAAGUAAAAGUGGACCGACACGGGUUUACAGCUCUGCAUUUGGCAGCGCUUUAUGGUAGGCUAUCAUGUAUGAAGCUGUUAGUUGAAAAGUAUAAGAUGAGCGUUGACUUGGCCAAUCAUUAUGGGUUGACACCUCUCCAUUUGGCCUUGGACAUGAAGACUGGACCUCGGGCGCUUGAGUGUGUGCAGUAUUUAUUGGAACGUGGAGCCAAGGUCAAUGUGCAAACCAAGAGUGGCCUGACGCCCUUACACCAAGCAGCCAAGGAAGGACGGCAGGAUUGUAUCACGUUACUAGUGGAAGCUGGAGCAGAUGUUCACGCUAAGGAUUCCCAAGGCCAAACACCUUUUGAUUUGUGCAAAAUAUGGUCCCAUAAGGCUUGUGCUAGGUUCCUCCGUUACAAAAUGUGGGAGAAACAAAAGCAUGACCUUUCUCAUGAAAUGAAGAAAAUGGAGAAACUCAAAAAAGAUAUUAUUGCCUCCGAGAAAGAAACCCUCUCCAGAAUAAAGAAAGACCAUGAAGUCAUUCAGCAUUUGCAUUUUUGCGAAUGGCUUGAUAAGAAGGGCUUACCAGAGAAGUUAAAAGAAUCAGCUCGUAGCCAGACUCAAACCUCCUCAAAAUCAAGCGGCUAUAGGAAGGGCUCUGGUGAACAGUGUAACAAAUCAUUAUCUUCAAAAACUCCUAAAAGAGCUGUCCUACCAUCGGCACGUUCCCAUAAAUGGAAAGAUCACUCCAAUUCACAGCACUCUGUUACAAAAGAAAACCAGUCACAUGGGAAGAAGGAAUUAAAAAGAUGGAAUUCAAGUGUCAAGCCUUCCAGGCCACCAAUCACAGAGAUCUCAAGAGAUUUCCAAGAUUUGCAGAGCGCUCAUUCCGAGGAAUUCUCCAGUGAGGAUUUAGGUUCCUAUGUGCUCCUUAGUAAAGAUGAACGUGGACUUCCACGAAUUAAUACAAUCAGUGGGAAGGAGGUUUCUCCUGUCCCUAAUUUGCCAUUUGAGAUGAUAGAAAGGAGCCUCUUUCCUGGUUCUGUACCACACCAGAGGUUACUCUCCCCAAAAAACUUCACCGCCAACCAUAUUUUGGAUGUUCCCAGGAAGCAGCUACCUUCUAAUGCUCAACGGCCGAAGUCAGAAAUUUCUUACCAUUUGCAACAAAAGGUUGAUCCCAAUUACUUAAAGUUAACCAACAAUUUUCUGUCUCUUUAACAAAAACUAGGUUCUUAAAUUUCAUGCCAUGCCCCUUAGCAGCUCUCUGGUAAUUGUCUCUGCCGGGGGGCAACCAAACUCUAGUUGUGGCACAGGAAAACAAUUUCCAUAUAUAUCUCAGGUUCCAUAUAUAAAACUGAGCAAAGUGGAACAACAUGGUGUAGGAGUGUUGUAAAAUAGAUGCAUGCUUGGUUCCCAUUGAUUUGAAUGCACAUUGGCAAGUCUAGUACAAAGACAACAUAUCAAUUCUUGAAACUGAACUUUUUUUUUUUUUUUUAAAUAUCUGCUAAUUUUUUAUUUAAAGCUAGAAACACAUUUCCCAAAAGUUGAGACUGGGCAACAAUGGACUGGAGAAGAUGCUUAAUGUUAUAAACAGCAGAUCCCAUAGAGGCUGGGUCUCCCAAAUAAAGAUGGGGAGGGGUAACUGAGAAACACUGCACAUAUAAAUAUUGCAACAAUUUAACAAUACCAUUGCUCAAUAUAAAAUUGCAAGAAACUUGGGAAUUUCAUCACAUACAGUACAUAAUAUCACUGAAAGAGGAAAAGAAUCCAGAGAAAUCUCAAGGGACUAGGCCAAAUGCCAAUAUUGGAUGCCAGUGAUCUUCAAGGCCUUAGGCAGCACUGCAUUAAAAACAAACCCAAUGACAUGAAAAUAAGUGCAUGGGCUUAGUUAUACUUCCCAAACUGCUGUCCAGGAAGACAGUUUGCAAGUUACAAUCAUAAAAAGAAAAAGACAUAAACAUGAUCCAGAAACACCGCCGUCUUCUCUGGGCCCAAGCUCAUUUAAGAUGGCCUUAGGUAAAGUGGAAAACUGUCCUGUGGUCUGACCAAUUAAAAUUUGAAAUUCUUUUUGGAAA